AUGACUAAGAGUAGCAGACAUGCAUUGUUCGAAGGCAUACUCUUCCUCUUGAUGAUCAUGUUGUUUGUGUCGGCGGUGCAUUCAGCUUGUUCCCCGCCUCUCAGGCUUGGCUUCUACAGGCGCUCUUGCCCAGCAGUGGAAUCCAUUGUGAGAAGAACUGUGAGACGGACAGUGUCUCUCAAUCCCGGCAUCGAGGCUGGGCUCAUAAGGUUUCAUUUCCAUGACUGCUUCGUCCCGGGUUGUGAUGGUGCUGUAUUGCUGAAAUCCCUCGCCGGUGGCCCGAAAGCAGAAAGAAGAAUCGAGCGCAUCUUCCAUAACACCGUCUCUUGUGCUGAUAUUGUCCUGGGUUGUAGUAACCGGCGAGCUCAAUUAGUACGAUAUUGUCCGCUUUGGGUCAAGCCCGUACGGUUUUACAAUUAG